CACCCACCCACACACACAGACAGACCCAAACCACUGCAGAUCUUCUUCCAGAUUAGCGCUGGGCAUCAAAAAUUUCUUCGCGAGGUAGACCGUGUGGAGAUCAGACACUCUGAAGAUGGAAUUCCUGGGCGACCAUGAACUAUCAAGGUACAGUCUUGUUCCGCCUCCCUCUGCAGAAUCAAGGAGGACUGCCGGGGAGUUGGACCAAAAUGGCUCAGUGUCAUCAGGACUGAUGUCCAGGCUCGGGGUGCUAGAACGAACGGGCGCUGCAUCGGCGCAUCAUGUUCAAGCCCCUGUACGCGUGGCAAGGGUGGGUGUGUGCGAGAGUUUUGGCACGCAAGGAUCUGCCUCGUCCCAGGCGAGUGCGGAUGAUGCGGUGGUGGGGGAUUCGGGAGGGCAAGAUGCGACCGCUGAGGCAACAUCUGGAUGGAUUAAAAGGGUGCGUGUGGGAAAGGCUGCUGUCGAAAGGGAGUUCAAUCCGAACAGAAAAAGUGCUCUGGAAAUUUCUGUUAGGGAAUUUGUUGAACACAAGGAGGGAAUUGUAGUGAACCCAACCAUUGGCAAAUCCUUUGAUUCCCUGGACGAGGCUUAUGACUUCUACAACCUAUAUUCAUGGGAAAGCGGAUUUGGGGUUAGGUUAGCAAAGAGCCGAUUGAAUGUUCACCGAAUGAAAUGUAUGCAGGAGAUUGUCUGUGGUUGCGCGCCCGUCAAAGAAAACAGCAGGUCCACAAGGUGCGAGUGUACAGCCAUGAUCAGAUUGUUGAGGUCAUCAGACAAUGGUUGGUACAUAUGCGAACAGCGUACAGUUCACAACCACCGCAUGUCUCUGACUUGCGGAGAGAAGUUGCAUUGGAAAUCACACAGGCACAUUGAUAGGUACACUAGGAAUCUGGUGCAGCAUCUCAGGGAGAAUAACGUUAGUCUUAGCAAGGUCUACAGCAUUGUUGGUAGUUUUUUUGGAACUUUGGAGAAUGUACCAUUCACCAAGAGGUCUUUGCGCACACUGUGUGGCAAGUUGAGCAGGGAGCAAUCGGACAAUGAUGCUACCAAGACAAUAGGUCUCCUCCAAGAUUUAAAAGCAGCAAAUCGUGAUUUUACAUACAACAUCCAGGUCGAUGAAGAGAGCCAUGUAAAAACACUGAUGUGGGCGACGGGUCGGGGAAUCGAGCAGUACAAGUAUUUCGGUGAUGCUAUAACUUUCGACACCACUUACCGGACGAACUUGUACGAUAUGCCUUUUGGCUUAUUUGUUGGAGUAAACAAUCACUUCCAGAGUAUUAUAUUUGGCGGUGUCAUGAUGCGGGACGAGAAGGUCGAAAGUUUCAAAUGGGUGUUCAAGGAGUUUAUCAGAAUGGUUGGUGGGAAGGCUCCACUAACCAUACUAACCGACCAAGCGCGUGCUAUGGAGUUGGCAAUUAAAGCUGAACUACCUGACACAACUCACCGGUGGUGCAAGUGGCACGUUCUUCGGAAGGCGAAGGAGAGCCUUGGAGUACUCUAUGGCAAGAAAUCAGAGUUCAAGACGGACUUCCACAUUCUUGUUCACCAUGUGUUGACGGUGGAAGAAUUUGAGACUGGGUGGAGUGAUAUGCUAACAAAGUAUGGUUUGCAGAAGCAUCCAUUCCUGACUCAGGUUUAUGAAAUGCGGAAGAUGUGGGCAAAACCUUACUUCAUGGGUGUGUUCUGUGCCAAGAUGACUAGUACGCAGAGGAGUGAAAGUGCAAAUCACCUACUAAAGGGAUACAUCCCACCUGGUUGCCCAAUGCAUCUGUUUGUUAAGCAGUUUGAGAAAAUACAGUUCGAUCGCGAGUCUGAGGAGAGUUAUCAGGAAAAGAGGACAUCGAUAGCCGGAAUUGUUUUGAAGGGGAACUUCCCCCUUGAACGGCACGCAAGCAAAAUAUACACCAGAACUAUGUUUGAGCAAUUUGGAGAUGAGUUGUACAAAUCCGGUUCGUACGACAUCGAGGAAGUUGUUUCGCAGAAAAUUUAUUUGGCGAAUUAUGUUGACUCGCCAUCAAGGGAAAAGUGGUGCAAAGCUAGUUUCAAGGUGGAAACAAACGAGUCGAAGGAUGAAUUCAUAUGUGAGUGUGGGUUCUUUGCCCACUCUGGGAUGUUGUGCUGCCACGCGAUUAAGGUUAUACUACACGUCCGUCUGGGUGAGAUUCCAGCGAAACAUGUUGUCAAGCGAUGGACUAGGGAUGCACGGGACAUUCUCCCUGAGGAUCUAGUGAUGUAUCAGAAUGAUCAAGGGCGGCCGAAGUCAGAUACUACAAGACAUACCAAGCUGUAUUUAUCCGCGCUAGAGCUUGUUCGAAUGGGUGACGCAAAUGUACAAUCUUACGAAGCGACCAUGUUACUGCUGCAACAAGCUAAAGCCAAGCUGGCACCAAUUUGUGCGGAACGAGAUGGGAUGGGUGUUGCAGAUAGGGAAGCUGCAGCACUAGCUGAUAGAACGGAAGACGGUGAGUUAGAUGGAGACGACGAUGUCAUCUCUUCAAUCAGCGCCCCGAAACGGAAUAGAGCAAUGGGAAGGCCAACCACAAGCCGCGACAAGCCGCCUUAUGAGAAGCCCGUGAAACGAUCUAGGUUCUGUAAGAUUUGUCGAAAGGAAGGUCAUAAGAGCACCACUUGCCCUGACUGUGGCGACCUUCCAAAACCUCCCAGGAAAGCUCCCAAGUGUUCAAACUGUGGUGUGCUUGGUCACAGGAGGAGCAGCUGUGGCAAGGAAAUACUGUAGACAUGAUUGAAUUGUUUCACCUGAGGCUGGCCCCAAUGCAGAGAACUUCAGCAAGAACUUCGGGUCCAACUCAGCAAGAAUUCCUACGUGGCAUUGAUUAAAUGAAGAGAGAGAGCUUUGGAGGAACUUAGCUAGUUCCGGUAACAUAGCGCUGCAUACGAGAAAAAAUUAAUGCUAAUCGAUCCUGUGUGCGGGCGGCCGGACGCAUCGCGAAGCAACCAAGAAAAUCCCCACCCGUGUGACUUUCUCUUCCUCCACGGCUGGGCCUCAUCCUUCUCCCUCCCUGCCGCCUUGGAGCUCCGGCGCCCCGCACUCCGUCUUGCCGGCCGGUGGCGGCUCUGGCAGGCGGCGCAAAGCCACCAGAUUCAUGGCCAAGUCCGGUGCCCGUAAGGACGCCGCGCAAGUCCGGCCAUCGGCCACCUCGCCGCCGCCGCAGCACUCCCCCGGCGCCACAGCAAGCCGCUCUCCACAGCUUCUCUUCUACCCUGGCGCCCCGACAAGAUCCUCGGCCACACCUGUACCCGCCUCUCAUGGAAUCCUCCUCAGCCAACCCUACAUGGAGGCAGAUGUAUACCUCUGCACCUGAAGGCCUGCUAAGUUUUGGACAAUUACUCAUGGUGACAUACCCAUGGUGACAUACCAGAAUUUGCCGAGGUACUUGAAAGAGAUGUUAGAGUUCGUGAUCGUCCAACGCAUAAGGCUCUUAAAAAUGAUUUGAUUGAGCAUAUAUGGAGAAAGUUUGGGCGCGAAUAGAUUAUAUCCAAGUCUUGAUGGAUGUAUUGCUAAAUAUGUUCUAUAUAUUUCAAUAAUAUAAUAUUACACUUUAUUAUUUGUUA